AUGGCUGCAAACGAUCCAGUUCAAGAGAGACAGCUUGUUCUUAUGGAAAGAAUGAGUAGAAGGAUCGAUUCGAUUCUCGAAGGGCAAAAGAAACUAGAAGAUACGAAUGCAGUCCUUCAGCAAGAAAAUGCAAAGCUGAAGAACCAACUUGCGAGUCUGGAAGGGCAGGCAAAGAAGAAAGGCAACAAACGUUCUAAAAGCUCUCGCAGAGAAUCAAAUGUUGUGAUUCCAAAUGACUUAAGGGUAAAUAUUCUUUAAUUACUUUAAGGAUAUAAAUUUUUUCAACUUUAGUACCGUUAAGUUGUGUUUCACAGGGUUUUCAAAAUGAAAAAAAGUAUCAGGAGGAAAUUUUAAAAUAGCCGGAGCACCACUGCGCCGCGACAGCGGCGCCGGGCGGCAAAGCCGCCCGUGGGGAGGGUGCGGGAGGGGGUUUCCCCCUCCUGCAGGGGGGGUAUGGGGGGCCUCCCCCAGAAAAUUUUGAAAAUCUGCAUGCUCUGAGGUGCAUUCUGGUGCAUUUUCAGGACCAAAAGUUAUUUUUUAGGUCGUUGUACACUUUAUUAUAACCUAGAGUUUUUCUUAAAUCUGACUCAUUAUCAAGAGUUUCUUGAAAAUUAUGUUUACUCAUACAUGUUACAAUGCUUUCCUUCCAGUCCCAUGUUACAUAUUACAAUUUACAUCUAAAUAAAAAUUGACCUCUUUCCCUUGUCAGUACUUCAUUGACCUGUUAUAACAUGAAUCAACUUUUGAAAUAAUUAUUUUUGCAGUCAGAGUUUUCCUACAGAUUGAAAAUACAGAUGAACAGUUUCGUUAUGGCAUCCAAGCACUCAGGCUCGAUUCUUUUUAGUUAAAAGUCACUGUCACUGAAAUCACUUUCCCCCAUUGCACUGUCCCUGUCACUGUCGUCACAACUUGGAUCAUCUUGAAAAUUUGCUAAGCCAAGUUUAAUGAGGGCCUGCUCUUCCUCUUGCAACGCUUGUUGUUCUUCUUGACUCUGACGAUCUUCAACUUGUGGGUCCGUCUGUGUUGAUACACUUGUUAAUUCUGGUGGUGCAGGUUCUUUGCCCUUGCUUUCUCUUGAGGCUGACUUCCCUUUGGCCAAAUUGUAGCGUUUUCCAGAGAGCCAUUUCUCAGUGGUCUUCUUCACCAGGGUGUCACAUUCUGAAGAAUUUGCCUCUGGACCAUUCAUAGAGAUAUUAACAAGGGCCUCCAGCAUCUCAUUGGUCAGCCUGCUCCUGAGCCUUGACUUUAUAAGCUUAACUCGACUGACUCCCCUUUCAGGCCAUGCGUUGCUUAUGGGCAUCGUGAGAGCUAUUUCUACAAUGUGCAUGAGGAGAGGGAGAAGAGAAAGGAAAGAAGAUCUUUGUUUCAUUAGCUGGGACAUGCACCACUCUGCUGGCAUGGUAGUCUUGCCUUCUUUUACAUCAGCUGGAAUGGCCAUCUCCUUCAUGUGGUACUUUAAUAUAUUCCACUCUGCCAAAAGUCGGUCUUGUUGGUCGGGGAAGUAGUGCUUGGCAAGAACUUGAUAGAAUCUACUCCGUAAGAGGGAAGUUCUGAAGAGCUUGCAGGAAUAAGAGUUGGAUCAAAGAUGGAGAGCGCUCCCAGAAGAGGGAGGGUGUUCUGAAACCUCAGGUCGAUGUUUUCCUUCAAAGCAGAGACAUACUUGAGCAACAAAUUUCGCAUGGAUGCAAGCUGAUGCUCAGAAGGGGAAAACUGCAGCAGCGCCAUCUUUCCUUCCUUGAUAUCUUGGCAAAAUUGCUUGAUGGGGACUUCUUUGGUUGCCACUUCAUCCAGCGCUGCCUUAGCACGAACAAUUUCUGGUUUAAGGUGACUGAAAUUGACAGUAGAAUGCUGAAACGAUUUUGACAGGUUGUCAAGAACAGGAAGCACAUGCUUUAAAACAUACAAGCAAGCCAGGAAGCGGACGUUGUUCAUUUGAACUAACAGGCCCUGGCAUGUGGGGUCCUCAUCUUUCAUCCUGAUAAGGAACUGGAUGAUGGCAGAGAAGCUCUCCCAAGCGGAUUGAACGGCAGCGUUAAAUGACAGCCAUCGUGUCUGACAGGCCUUCUUCAGCUUCUUAGCUAUCUUCUUCUGCGAAUUCUUGUUUGAGAGAGUUAUUUCACUCACCUCAAGUUGAACUUUCAGGAAAAUGGCUGUCUUCUUGUUCGAGUUGUCAAGGAGUUGCCAAAGGGUGUUUAGUGUGUUCUGCAUCUUCUUUAUUGUGGCAAGAUCGUUUAAAGUGUCGGUACACGCCAGCGCUAGUUUGUGACAAACACAGUGGACAGAUAUUAACGACUGGAUUCUUUCAUCUGCUUUCAGCCUGGUAGCUACACCUGACCUUUCUCCCACCAUGACACUUGCUCCAUCUGACACAAAGCUUUUAAACCAGUCAAAAUUGAGACUGUGUUUCUCAAUGACUUCAGAAGGAUGCUUGUGAUGGUUAAAGAAUCUGCUGCGUCAGAGCUGGCGAGAACAUUUUCCAAACACAAAAAUUUCACCUCAACCUUUUCGCUACCCCUGUUAUAAUACUGGAUGAAACCAAUCAUUUGCUCCAAAUUUGCAAUGUCAGUCAUGUCAUCAACCAUCACCCCAAAUGGCCCAGUUACAGCAGAAAUGACUUCAUUUUGAAUCAUUUCACCAAGAAGAAGCAACAUGUUGCGAAAGGAACCUACUGAUGUGUGAUUAAAGCCACUCAUAUCACACCCCAGCUUCGCAAACCAACUUUAACAGACUCUUAACCUUGACAUUUGCUAUAUCCUCCUUUGCCAACCAGUAAAGGCAAUAGAAAACUCUUUCAUACACAUCAACCUGAACUUCAGCAUUAUGAUCGAGCUCUUUCUGGAAAACUGAGAACCUGUUCAUAAGAAUGGCAGUGAUUGCAUCUUUGUGUCUCUUUGUUGCAAUGUGCUCCUCGAGGCAAUCUUUCUUUAACCUUGUGCUUGGUUCUGCAGAAAAAAAUUCCUUUUUGUUUUGGGGAUUCUUGGAAUCAAACUUCUUGCAGAUCAGACAGUAUUGACCUUCUCCUUCGAUGUAAACGAGCCACCACAUCUGUACUUUUUAGGCUAUAGGCCAAAUCCUUAUUAAAGAUAAGGCUGUGAUUAAACAUCUGCUUCUUUUUUGGUUGUUUUGAUGCGUGCUCUUUCUUCUUGAGACACACCCAAGCAGUCACGCUUUUUGCAGAGAAUGUAGUGAUGAAUUUUCUUCGUCUGCUGUUCUUCAGUGAAACUGUUCGUGAUAUCACUCUCUGACUGUAUACACACAGUAUCUGUGGGAGGAAAAUACAUGUAAGAUUCUUUACCUUUUUUCUUCAGUGUGUGAUGCAAACCACCAACUAGAGAAGGCUACUCUCAAAAAAAAAAGAAAGAAAUAUCACGAAUUGUAAUAAAAAGUUCGUUUACCUUCAGCGUGGUUGGUAGGGGCUGCGGUCACAGAGAUUUCUUGGCAGUCGCGUAACACAUUGACGGGCAAACUUUCGGCAUCUUCGAAGUUUAAGGACGUACUAGGCGUUGCAGAAGACCCUUCCGUGUCUGGUGCAUCUAACGAAAGCAGUGAGAAUAUGUAUCGAUGUUGACAAUGUGUACCAUUUAUCCCCCAUGACCAACGCGUUAAAUAAACCAAGCAUAGUUAUUUCGCGCUCACGUAUAUGACCUCACGUAUACAAAAUUUGAGUUAAAGGCGGAGAUUAAAUUUUAUUUUUUAGCGCGACAUACAAGCUCCAUAAAUAAUGCAUUGUUAGCCAAAAUUUCAAUCGAUUAGAUAAAUCAAUUUUAUUCCGCGGGCACAACUGUUUUAACUGUUUUUUUUUAGUUAUCAGAAGAACAAUGCUUUGCUAAACAAUCAAUUUCAGUAAAACUCAUAUAUGUUAAGCGAGCCGUAACAUGUGGCGCGACUUAUGUCGCGACUAGUCUGGCUGUGUCGGCUUCGUAUAAAAUUAAUUUUCCAUAAAGAACUGUAAAACAUUCAGUUUCACCCGCUUUACUGAUUAUGAAGACUUGAAAUGAAACUUUAAGUCUCACAAAAAUCUUAAAAAUGCCUGGCUUAUAUAAAAAGUUAAAUGUGACCAAAUUUGUGUCGGCAUAAAAUUUAUUUAAUCGCCAGAGUCUGCCAGUUCAUUCUCGAAACGGCGCCUCACGAAACCAAGCGUUGAAUAAAUAAAAGCAUCCCUUAUAAAUCGCCUUGUUGACAAUAAAUAAUUCAACCUAAGUGAUACAAUAUUGUUUUCAAGCAAUGUUUCAUUCAUAACAUGCACCAAUACUUAUUUUCUGAUGGACUGGGGAUUGUAAACAGGAACCCGGCGAACAUUUGCAUUUUAAAAAGUGUUUCAUACCUGCAAUCUCCUUUCUUUGCUGUUUGAACCCAAACUGGGUUAAAAGCGGCUGUGAUUUCUGCCUUUUCAUCCGGUGACUGGGACCGUUUUCUUAAAGAAAGCGCCAAGUACAAAGCUCUCACGAAUUCACAAACAGAUUCAAACACGCGAUGUGGAGAAGAAGACGAUUUCAUAAUUCGCUUACGCAAGAAAAAACUAGUCACGAAAUAGCAGGAUCAAAUGUCGGUCUUUCGUGGGAAAACGCAAAUGGUUUCCAGUCCAAGUUGAAUGCUGUUGAAUAAAAGAGUUACGAUUUCUGAUGCUGGAACGCGAUCAGUGGGCAAGAACAAAAUAUGUUAUCCUUAACUUUAACCCAUAGGAAUCGGAACUUUAUGUUUUUUUAAUUUUUUUUUUUAAUUUUGACUUCCAAAAGUACCCGGCGCUAACGCUCGAAGUAGCCGGUGACUUGCGUCGGGCGCCGGUUACUUUUGAAAACACUGGUUUCAGAGUUUCAGUUGCGGUGUAUCAGAAGCAUAAAACGUGUCUUCAAAGACACCGCCAUUCCGCCAUCACGCGUGUUCUGUGUUAACUUAAAGCUCAAUAUGUGUAGAUGUUGGUUCUAGUGCUUAUCACAAAGUUGGAACAUCCUUGUGCUGAAUUCUUGUGCCUAUUUUGCAAGCAUUUAGCAAAAAUACUGUUUACCCAGUUUAAAAUUUCACUGUGUACUGUUUACCCAAAAACCCUGCUGACCCUGAUUAAAGAAAUAAACAAGUUUGUGGUUUGAAUUGACUUUUGACAUAUGAUGUUCUUCCAUAUUAUCUUCCAGAAACGGUUUCGGUUCAUCUACAAAAAGAUGGUAGAAAAAAAAGUGACACAAGGUUUCAUCAUUGAUGAAGAGUAUGUUAUUUUUUUACCAUACAUAAGAUGAUGUGUUUAAAUAGCAAGGCACUAAGAGAGAUGGCAUGCAAGAUAUUAGAAUUAAAACUUUACCACCAAGAGCUAAAUCUCUCUCUGACCAGCUUCUUCUAAGGGACUGUUAGUUAUCUGUUUUGAGGCCAGUGUUUAGAGUCUGGGGCCAGUGUAAAAUAUUCAAAUUGGGAGUAGGAGAUGGUAAACUUUUAGAAUCUGUUAUUUCAACUAUUAUGUUGCUGAUAGAUUAAUACAUGCAAAUUUUUGUUUUGAGAAAUCUUUUCCCUCCAAGAACCAGAAAUCCUAAUGUCAGUUUGAAGGUGUAAAAAGCAUGUAGCUUCUGCACUGUACCAGCAGUGAUUAGAAAAUUGUCCAUCUUGUAUAACUGCUUUACUUGAAUUAUUAUUUCCUUUUUUGGCUGAAUAGUAAUAAUAAUAUUAUUAUAACUGCCUCUGGCUAUUGUUUAAAACAAAAAUAAUAUUCUCAUUUUUAUUACAGUCCACAGUCAGAGAGAAACCAGAGUAUUUUUACAAAAGUGAAAGAAUUACUGAAAAAAGAGCAUGGAGGAGAAAGCUGCCUAUGGACUGACUUACAAAUGGAAGGUAUUACGUUACAGGAAUCAAGUUUUAAUGUUGUGUGCAAGUUAGAACAAGAAGCAUUUACCUUGUGCAAAAUCAAACAAAUUUUCUGAAAUAUGUUGGACAGAAAACUUAACAACUGAAAGGGAAAACACAAUAUUACCAGCAUUAAUUCUUUUAAUUAAUAUAUAUCCAUAAGCUGAUGUUACAUAUACACAUAGACUUGUCAUUGUAUUGUAAUUUUAGGAUAUCAUGCAGCGAUAAUAAUUAUUGUUUUUAACUCAACAGCUCAGUUUUAUCGGUACUUCAAAACAACUAAAGAAAGAGAGCAGAGGAUAAGAAAAGGGAAAAAUGAAGAGCAUAAAGAAAAGUGCAAAAGGAGCAGGCGUUUGUUAUAUGUAAGGACUAGCUAAGUUGUCUUGCUUUUGCCAUGCUAAACCUAUAUUCAAGAAUAAAUUUUCAAGAUAGUGUGGCUGAAGCAUGGCUUCUGAAUCAAACGUUUCAAUUCAGUUUGACAACAAGUGUUGUUUAAUACUGUGGCAAAUUUGUGCAUGGCAUUGUACCAACAUAAUAAUAGUUUGAAAACACAAUACAAUGUGGGAUAAUAUACAGCAACAAAAAAUGAAACAAUGCCAUGCACAAAUUUGUCAUACACUGUAAGUUGGAUUGGUAUGUUUACAACUGGUGUACAAAUACACAUUAAUUAGGAAAGUCAACCUUGCUGGUAGUUAACCAAAUAAUAUGGGUUUGCUUUAAUUUAGUACUGUUUUGUAGCAUGAAUUUUUUUCUGGGAGUUCUAUUUAUUGCUGAUUGUUAUUUUCAUAUUUUAUAUCUUUUGUGGGAUAUCAUUUUGAGUUAGAAAAGUAUUUCUAUUUGACAAUAAAUUAUAUGUUUCAUAGAUAUAAUUUGGUCUGGUUAUUAACUAAAUAAUGACUGAAUUGUUGCUUUUUGUUCCAUUAGAAACUGGAAAGGCGUCAGUCAUCCUAUGAGAUGCUACAAGCUUCUAUGACACCAAAAGAAAAACAGUAUUAUAGUGAAAUCCUUUACAUUGAUUAUAUGAGUAGCGAAGAAUCAGAUUAUGAGGAGCAAGAAGAUUUCAUUACUGGUGAAAAAGAAAAGAAACUGGCAAGAUAUGUAACCAAGAAGCUAUCAUGGGAAAGAACAAGCUUGACAAAUGCAAAAGCCAGGCUAGACAGAACCUACAAAAAUAAUUUGACCCCCCAUGCCAGGGCAAUGGCUAAGCCAAGGAGUGUUGGUGGCAUGUUGGAGAGGCCUGCACCUGCUGGCCCACUUUGGGCUGUCAGGCAGAUAAACAAAGAGUCGUGAUUGAAAAAAUACUUAACACUUUUUCUACUUUUUAUUCAUUUAUUUAUCAUGUAUUUAAUGGCAAACUGAAGUAAUUGUUUUGUUAGAACAAAUUAUUGUCAUCUAGAUCACAGGGAUAGUUUCUUCCAAGUAUUGUUAAAUUUAUUGACUUAUGAUGGGGAAAAUUUGUUCCUGUCAAGCAUAAAUUAGCUAGGUAUGUGUGACAUUUUAACCCUUUAACUCCCAAGAUCUGAUUGGUAACUAUCCUCUCUAGCUGCUACAUAUUUCCCUGUAACUUAGUUUUGAGAAUCUGGUGUGAUAUCAAGACAAAGACCUAUACCUGAUAAGUUUGAGAAUUCUCAUUAUCUCUUUGCUGGAUAAGUUCAAGAUAUUUUAGGAGAAGUUACUUGUUAAUCACUCCUGGGAGUUAAAGGGUUAAUUACAAAUAGGCAGUAGCUUUAAGAAUGUGUACCAG